AUGACUAAGGAAAUUGAGGCUUUAGAGGCUAAUCAUACUUGGGAUAUUGUUGAACUACCUGAGGUUUGCAAGUUAAAGAAGUCUCUUUAUGGUUUGAGACAGGCUUCUAGGCAAUGGGUUCCUGGUCAUUUGGUAAUACUAGCAGUAUAUGUUGAUGAUAUUAUUGUUACAGGUAAUGAUCUGUCUGAAAUUUCAGUUCUGAAGCAAAUUUUAGACAAUGAGUUCAAAAUCAAAGAUUUAGGUUCUUUGCAUUAUUUUUUGGGGAUUCAAGUUUCUGUUAUGCCUUCUGGUCUUCUUUUAAAUCAAAAGAAGUUUGUCAUUGAUCUUCUAAAGGAGUAUGAUUGUUUGGAAGCUAACUCUGUUGUCAGCCCUUUGGAGUUGAACCAAAAACUCAAAGCUGAUGUUGGAAUUCUUUUGCCCAAUCCUGAAAGGUAUAGAAGUCUUAUUGGGAAGCUAUUGUUUCUCACUCGCACUCGCCCAGAUAUUUGUUUUGGAGUUCAACAUUUAAGUCAAUUCUUACACACUCCUAGAGUUCCUGGCAGCUAUUCAUCUUCUCAGGCUUACUCAGACAGUGAUUGGGCUGCAUGCCCUGAUACUCGCAAAUCUGUUACUGGCUUUUGCAUUUUCCUGAGUGAUAGUCUUAUAGGUUGGAAAUCCAAGAAACAACCUGUGGUGUCAUUGUCUUCAGCUGAAGCUGAAUAUCGCGCACUAAGCAAGGUCGUGACAGAGUUAUCUUGGUUAUCUAGGCUGUUGGUUGAUCUUGAUGUCUCUUCUUCUUCUCCAAUUUCUGUCUUCUGUGAUAAUAUGGCGGCUAUUCAUAUUGCCAAGAAUCCAGUCUUUCAUGAACGCACCAAACACAUCGAGGUGGACUAUCAUUUCAUCCGAACCACGCUGGCUGAGGGUCUCAUUCAACUGUUCCAUGUCUCCACUACUAAUCAGCUUGCUGACUUAUUCACUAAGUCACUGCCUGGAGCUACUCAUCAGUUCUUUUCGGGCAAGUUGAAGGUGGUCUCCCCCUCCAACUUAAAGGGGGUGUUGGGCUUUCAGAAUAUUCAGUAUCCGGCCCAAAACAAAAAGCAUAGACAUGGCCCAAUUAUUUAUCUCUUGAUAACAUUUAGCAUUAGUAGCUCUUUGUAA